UAAAAUUAAUUUAGUUACCUGAUAUUUCAUACACAUGUGUAAUAUAUUCUGAUUAUUGCCAUCCCACACACCUUAUCUCUUCUCUCACCACCUCCACCACCCCGGUUCCUAUUAGUCCCUUCCCAGGUUCAUGGUUUUCAGGUUUGGGUUUUGUUUGUGACCCAUUUAGUUUAACUAGGGCCAGCUGUGUGACCAUUGGGUUGCAGCUAGCCAUUGCACCGUUGUAUAGUGAUCAGUGACUACACAACACUUUAAAGUCUUGGAGUUAGAAAUAUAUGGCUGGUGUUUAACUUAAACUUCUAAAUUUAACAAGUCUGAUAAUCUUAUGCAUAAGCCAUAGAUUAUAAACAGGACCACAUUUUGGAAUUUACAGACUGGGAUAUGAGUUCAUCUAAGGAACUCUUCAUACUGUUUUCACAGCAGUCAUGUGCUAGGCACUGUUGAGAUUAAUUUAUCUAUUACAGCCCCGUGCCAUGGAGACUGCUACCAUGUUCCUACUCUUUGUACAAACAAGAAAAUGAAGGUGUGUGUGUGUGUGUGUGUGUGUGUGUGUGUGUGUGAUUUACUUGAAAGGUGGACUUGACAUCACCUUGCUCUCAGCUCUGCUCCACUAAGGAGGAAUUAAACCACUUAGAAGAAUGCUUGCCUGAUGCUUGCUUGUUUGCUUUUCACUGACCUAGAAAACGAGCCAUUGAACUCAGGGCUCCUUCUCUCCCAAGUCUUUGAAGUUCUUUAAAAUAAAUUGAUAAAUCGCCUCAUUCCCUCAGCUCAAAGUUUUUGGUGUCCCAUGGGCGGCCCCAGCUCGAUGAGACCAAAGCUGGACAGUGGGUGGGGCUGGCAGAGAGGCGGGACUUAGCUGCCGGUGCCUAGAAUUGCUGUUUGGACUAGGCUGUCCUAUGAAGAACCAUGAGCUGGACUUGUCCGCGUUGCCAGCAACCAGUUUACUUCGCCGAGAAAGUGAGCUCCUUAGGCAAGAACUGGCACCGUUUCUGCCUGAAAUGUGAGCGCUGCCACAGCAUCUUGUCCCCUGGCGGGCAUGCAGAGCACAACGGGAGGCCAUACUGCCACAAGCCUUGCUAUGGGGCUCUCUUUGGACCUCGAGGGGUCAACAUUGGUGGUGUGGGUUUCUAUCCCAACAGUCCCCACGCUCCCUCCCCUACCAUCAGCAUUUCCCUCAGCCCCAGCAACUUUAGCCCCCCAAGGCCAAAGGCUGGCUUCCCCCAGGCCAAGAAAAGCCCUCCCUACAUGAAGACAUUUACUGGGGAGACCUCACUGUGCCCUGGAUGUGGAGAGCCUGUCUAUUUUGCUGAGAAGGUGAUGUCUUUGGGCAGAAAUUGGCACCGACCCUGCCUGAGGUGCCAACGUUGUAGGAAGACCUUAACUGCUGGGAGUCACGCGGAGCAUGACGGCAUACCUUACUGCCACAUCCCCUGUUAUGGAUACCUGUUUGGCCCCAAAGGUGGGCAGCCAGACCCCAGACACUGGGGCCUAUGGGAAUGUGUGAAGAACUUCCUUUGUAGUCAGACAUCUCAAGCUCCUCCCCUCUCCCUUUAGCCCUCAACACUCAUUCCACCAAAGCCCUUGGUGACAGGACUUUCUCCUUCAGGUGUGAACAUUGGCAAUGUGGGCUGCUAUAUCUAUGACCCAGUGGAGAUAAGAUUCAAAUGAGCCAUCAUGGGACUGAUCAUCCUAACUCAGGCCUCCCACCCUCUCUUCAAUCCACUGGAAGCUCUGGAAUUCCCUAGUCCUUUUGGGAGGAAAACAGUGAAAUCCCAGGGGUAUGGGCCUAGGCCCUGUGGUAGACCUGAGUCUGGACUUGCUCUGCCAAUUCUUUGCUUCCCAAUUCCUAUCUGGAUAGGCUACCCCACUUAGAAUGGUGAUCUCCUGGCUUCCCGGUUCCUUCUCCCAGCAAUGCUGGAGUUCCCAUGUAUACUCAUCAAGGUCAUUUAUUGAGUCUCAGCUCCCUGGCUUCUCUAA